AUGCCUUUAACAAACCUUCACCCCUUCGACCCGAUCACGCCCGGGGAGAUCCAGCUAGCUGUUCGAGUUCUGCAGGCAGCCUUUCCUGGUGUAUCACUGCGAUACAAGAAGAUUGACCUGCAGGAACCUAUUAAAGCGGAAGUGAUCCCAUACAUCGAAGCAGAGAGAUUACGACAGCCUUUACCAUCCAGGCCAGCUCGUAUUUUGCUCACUUAUUUCAACCGUCUCGACAAUGGAUCGUUCUACAAGGCAUUAUUGAACGCGGAUACCAGAUCAAUUAUCUACGCAAAGGAAAUGCCCAAAGAGGUGCAAGCACCCGUUGACAUCGACGAACUAGCCGAUAUUGAAGACCUCUGCAUGCAUCAUCCAGCAGUACAGGCUGAAAUCGAGAGACUCAAGCUCCCGCCAGGGAUUACCGUCUGCAAUGAUCCCUGGAUGUACGGCACAGAUGACGCCAAUGAAACACGACGCCUCUUCCAGUGCUUCAUGUAUAUGGUUGAAGUCGAACAUCCUCAGAACAACCAUUACUCCCUGCCAUGCAAAUUCUCGCCUGUGUUUGACGGCACCACGCACGAACUUGUCCGUAUGGACUAUCUUCCUGGUGGUGCGGAUACUGCCUCUGUGGAAACGCAGCCAUGGAAGCCUGUCAGGGCUGUGCAAUAUGCACAUGAGCUUUUGGAUGAACCGCUCAGACAGGAUCUCAAGCCUUAUAUUGCACAGCAGCCCGAGGGGCCUUCUUUUAAUGUCGACGGCAAUCUGGUAUCUUGGCAGAAAUGGCGGUUCAGAGUAGGGUUCAACAGCCGUGAGGGUCUUGUCAUUCAUAAUGUGACAUACGAUGACCGCAGUUUGUUAUAUCGUCUUUCUGUUUCGGAGAUGACUGUUCCUUAUGGAGACCCCCGCGCACCUUACCACCGAAAGCAAGCCUUUGACGUCGGCGACGUUGGCUUUGGCUUAAACGCCAACCAACUAUCCCUAGGCUGCGACUGCCUUGGCCACAUCAAAUACUUCGACGGCUACAGAGCCGACUCCAAAGGCAACCCUGUGCAAAUGCAAAACGUAAUCUGCAUGCACGAACAAGACAAUGGUCUCCAACACAAGCACACCAACUACCGUACCGGUGCCGCAACAGUUGUGCGCAACCGCCAACUCGUCCUCCAAAUCAUCUGCACCGUCGCCAACUACGAGUACAUCUUCGCAUAUAUUUUUGACCAAGCCGCAAACGUGGAACUCGAAGUCCGCGCCACAGGCAUUCUCUCCACAGUUCCCUUCGACAACCAAAACGGCGAGACAGUUCCCUGGGGCACGAAUGUCGGACCCGGCGUCAUGGCCCCAUUCCACCAACACAUGUUCUCCCUGCGCAUCGACCCGGCCAUCGAUGGUUACAACAACACAAUAUACUACGAAGAUAGCAUCCCACUUCCCGAAGACGACGAGAAAAACCCCUACGGCGUAGGCUACACAACCAACCAAACAACGCUCCGCAAAUCGGGCACCGCAGAAACAGACACCUCACGCCACCGCGUCUUCAAAAUCCGGAAUGACUCCAUUAAAAACCCCAUCACCUACAAGCCAGUCGCAUAUAAGCUUAUGACGGCACCGAGUCAGAUGAUGCUGGCUAGCAAGAAGUCGCUGGGGUGGCAGAGAGCUGUGUUUGCUAGUAAGCCGAUUUGGGUUACGAAAUACCGGGAUGAGGAGCUAUUUGCUGCGGGGGAAUUUACGAAUCAGUCGAGACGGUCGGAGGGCGUUGAAACAUGGGUUGCUAGGAACGAAGGGACGGAGAAUGAGGAUGUAGUGUUGUGGCAUAGUAUAUUCCUUUGGUACGUGAACAGAGUGCUAAUACGCAAUGCAGCCUUCGGGUUAACACAUAACCCUCGCGUCGAAGACUUCCCUGUCAUGCCCAUGGAGAAGAUCAGUGUUAUGCUACGGCCGGAUGGGUUCUUUACUAAGAAUCCCGCAUUGGAUGUACCGCAGUCGUCACAGGUGUUCAACAAGUCUACUCUUCAUAAGGCUAGCCCUGCAGCUGUGAGUGCAUGUUGCAGUGUUGGUAGUAGGGCUAAGUUAUUCAAGAGGAUUGAAUAA